GCUCUCUUGCAGUGCUUUUGCUGGCAGGAUUGCAUGAAACAGGACGUUUUGUCCAGGACAGACUUACCUGUGUACGUUAAAUGUGGAAUACAUGUGUUUUGUUGAGACAUUCUCUUGGUUUGAAAAACUUCAGGAUAAAUUAAAAGAGGGUCAGAAACAUCACAGACACCAUCUUCAAUCAGACCGACCUGAAGGGAUGGUAAACACCUUUCUCACCAUUGUGGUAUUUUUUCUGUCCGACAGCACUGGACUGGGUCUAGCUAUGGGAGGAAUCUCUCCAUGAUCGCGUCUUAACAUCCUCUGCUCUUCUACGAGUUUCAUGGAACCACCAGUAGACAAAUCUGAGCUUCCACCCCCUGCUGUUUCCAAGAGACCAUCUCAAGGAUCUCAGCAUGGGAUGUGUCUGCCAUUACACGGCAGUGACCAGAGCAACAAUGCUUUCAUCUUUGAGUCUUCAUUGUCGUCCUCAUCAACUUCGCCUCUGUAUUAUAGAGGUGAAGCUUCGCCAGACUCCAUGCGGAGCUUGUGCAGUCUGAGCAGUGCCAGAACGGAUAGCCCGCUGGAUGUGGACAUGCCAGAGGUGGAGAUGGGAAAAAUAACUGCUAGCAGCGAUGAUUCGGGUAUACAAAGUCCAGAAUGCCGUCCUGACUGUAGUGAGUCCAAUGACAACGACAACUCUGUGUCUGUCUAUCUGGACGCCAAUGAAGAAUGCUGGAGUGAUGAUGAAGAUGAUAAUCAUAACGUCGCUUUGGUGGUAACACAGAAGGUUGGACAAACUGAUAAUGAUGAUGAAAGAUCCUUGUGCUCUUCAGAAAAUGAUGAGGAGGAGGAAGAGGACUCUUUUCUCUCUUUGGCAUCUGCAGAUUUGGUGAUAAAGAACCAGAUUGGUGUUUCUGCUCUGGAAACGAAAACCAAUACAUUAUCAGAUAUUUCUCAAGGCCAAACAGAAGAAGGUCAGUUGCAAAACUCCAAUUUAGUGCUUAAUUUAGCUACCGUCAAUGACCUCGAGAAGGAAGUGGACAAAGAGAAAGAUGACCUCUCUGUUGAGUUGGUCCCGGUCACUCAAUCUACUGACGUCAUGAAUGAGCCAGUGGUGUCCCCUGGAGAUUCAGAAGGUAAUGAAAUCUGCAUUAUCACUUCAGAUACCAAAAACAAACAGAUCAACACCUCAUCAAAUGAGGAGAACCAGCCAAAGUCCACAGCUAAAAUGACCAAUGAUCUGGCAGGACGUGCUAUGCAAACCAAGACUCCUACGAGAGCUUCUCUGACCAAAGCCACAAAGCCAGAGCUGAAGAGGUUCCCCAGGCCAGAUUUGAGGAACGUGAAGGCCAAGAUAAUCUCCAGGGCUGCCUUAGCUCCAAGAUCAACCAAUCCCCGAAAAACAAACGCUAAUCUUUGCCAGUCACCUUCAAGUAUAGUGAAUAAACUUCCUGCAAGAGGAAGAGGCUCUGGAGCUAGUAGGAAAGUUGAAGAUAAAGCUGUUGUAAAAAGAAGCAGGUCAUCAUCUAGCCACGCAAGGGGGGCUGAAUCAAAGACCUCAGACAGUCCAGAGUCAGACCCUGAACCUAAACCAACAGGUCUUCUGCUGGAGAAACCUGUCAUUGAGUCCUCAGUAAAAGACUGUCAGAAGCAGGAUGUAGUCAUUUUAUUUUUGCAAACACCAGAUGAAGAAACAGCAAUAAAAUCCGAGUGCCCUUCCUUGACUGAUUUUAUUAUUGAAGAUGCACAGCUUGAUAAAGAAGCAGACGUAAAAACGUCUAAAUGCAAAAACAAGACUGUAUCUUCUAAGCUGGGACCAUCUCUAGGGGCUGCAUCUACCAAUGCAUCCACAUCUGCACCCCCAGAACACAGACUGAAGCCCCCCGGCCGAGAAGCCAGAUCUACAGGUGGUCUGGGUCCACCGGGAAGUCGAGCUGUUCAGCCGGCAGGUAUUUCAAAGAUGCGCACCACAGACAAAUCUACAACCCCCUGCAGCCCCACAACUGUUUCAAGCUGUAAGGGUCCUCAGAGAGCCUCUUCCAAACUUCCAGUGAAAGGCAUACCCACAAGCCCCAGCUCCUCAUCCAGUACAUUCAGUGAAAACAACAGUAUUGCUGUAAACAAAGUCCCAGGUGAAGUGAUGAGGAAUGAGGAGAAAUCUAUCAAGCAAUCACCUUUAUCCCAGAUGCAAGUAAAGUCUCCGGUCAGUAAACCUGUAUCUGGUCACCGCAGCAGAACGAGCUCCAUCCCAUCCAAACCAGUGGCAGGGCUGAAGGCCCCCGUGGUGACCAGCCACGUUACGGCUAAGAAUAACCAGAAUGCUUUGCAGCGCAGUGGAUCUGCACGUCAUGUUCGCUCAACAACAACAACAGUGGACAAGACCUCCAAAACACCAAAAGCUGCAGGGACAACGGCCGGCAGGAUACAACUGCACAGCCCAGCUGGGGGAAACGUGCAGACUGAGGAAGAAGAAGAGAAAGAUCUUCGGAUUCAAAAUGAGAAAAAGAGCCAAUGUAUCCUGCAGCUCCGCAAACUCAUCGCUAACGGCAAUCGACGUCUGGAGGCUCUUGCGCUGGUUGUUCAGCAUGUGUUCAGAGAGCGUGAGGUGGCAAUCAAACAGAAGGAAGAACUUUCCGUCCAGCUCAACAACCUGCGAGACCAACUUGGUAACUCAGUCUCGUGCUGUGAGCAGCUGGAGAAGGACAAGGAGGAGGUGCGGGUGUCUCUGGAGUCAUUGUUGCAGAAACUGCAGGAGCAGCAUCAGAAUGAAUUACAGCAACUCGAGGAGGGAUUAAAAGAGUUUUAUUCUUCAGAAUGGGACAAGACUCACCAGGCCUACCAGAAGGAGGCGGAUAAAUGCAGGGCGCUCAUGCAGCAGCAGGUGGAUGAGGUUAGGAGCAAACACGAAACCCUGAGGCACCAACAAGAAGCUGCACAUGCCAAGCAGAUAGAGACACUGAAACGUGAACAUGAAAAUUCACUCGCAGAGCUCAGAAAGGCUCAUGAACAGCACACGAAAGACCUGGGCAAAACACUCAAGGAGUCUGAGGCCUCGUUCAAUGAGAAAUUUCAGACGUUGACAGCAGAAAAUGAGACUCUGAAGGAGAAGCUGAGACAGGAAGAGGAGCGGAGGAGAGCUCUGGCAGAUAAGAGUCAGAAGGACGCGCACACACUGUAUUUGGAACAGGAGCUAGAGAGUCUCAGAGCUGUGCUGGAAAUAAAGACUAACCAGAUACACCAGCAAGACAAGAAACUUAUGCAAAUGGACAAACUGAUUGACGAUAAUUUGAAACUGGAAGAGUGCCUAAAUAAAGUCCAGCAGGAAAAUGAAGACUACAGGGCUAGAAUGGACAAACACGCUGCCCUUUCAAAGCAGCUCUCCACAGAACAGGCCAUGCUUCAACAGACCCUGCAGAAAGAGUCAAAGGUCAACAAACGGCUAUCUAUGGAGAAUGAAGAGUUGCUGUGGAAACUACACAACGGGGACCUCUGCAGCCCCCGACGCCUCUCGCCCACCUCCCCCUUCCACUCGCCCCGAAAUUCCGCCUCUUUUUCCACAACCCCGAUAUCGCCCAGAUAACCUACGACCUCGGAUCAUCCUCACCUGGGGGCACCUAUGGACCUUUUGGCCGUUUUAUUCCUAUAAUAGGACUUGUACAGUUUGUACAGACUUUAAAGUUUAUAAAUGUCCCCUUUCAAGACAAUGAUGCACAGUUGCACUUCUAGAUCGAGGAAAUCCCUCGAUCCGUUACAUGCUUGUUUGUUAUGUUCUAUAUUCUGUGUCAUUCCCUCACAGUUUUUCCUCAUUGUUUCACAUUCACACAUUUCUCUGAGGAGGGGACAGACCUCAGGGCUUGUACAUAGAGUAUCUCUCCCUCGGACUGCCAUUUGCUGUUUUUUUUUUAUUAAAAAGUGGUUUGUACAUUUACAGGGAAACGAUGUAAAGCUGUUAUUUUCUUUGUGUCCUCACAAGAAUGCUAUUUACAGAAGCAGUGGAAACAAGAAAAGGCUUAAAACACAACAUCUCAUGUACUAACUGACCUGCAUAUUAGUCCAGUUUGCUGUUCCUAACAUUGUGGAAUGUAUUUACUUUUAUUCCCAAACCUUUUUCCAGUGGCCUCCACAUUCACAACCAGAGUGAUCUUCUUGUAUCUUUUUUUUUAACUGAUGAAUUAAACUUCUGGAUGCUUAACCUAA